AUAGACCGCCGCCCGGCCGUGACUAGAAUUCUCGUCAACCCCCCGCCAUCGUCAUCGGUCACAGCCUCAGAUCUGCCGUUCCCCGCCGGACGGCCCUCGCGUACGGUUCAUCGACCACGACCAGACCUCCUCCAACCCGACAGGCGCGACCGCCCAGAGUCCAGACGAGUGUGCUCUGCUCCCUCCUUUCAACGCCACGGCCUCGCCAGCUCGCCGUCCUUCCCAGAUCUGACCACCUCGUGUUCCCGUUCCCUCGCGCAUCCCGCCCAGUCCACUCCGACGGCCGCCCCGUCCCCUUCUUAACUCCGCCACCCCGAUCCGGCCCCGCACUCCACCACCGCCCCCCACAGGUUCGCCGCUAGCUCCAGCCAGCAGACCUCCCGUCGCCAUGGCAGCGGCGCUCCUCCUCCUGCUGCUCACGCCCGCCGGCCUCCUCGCCGCCCUCGCCUUCCUGGCGCGCCCCCGCGCGGCGCGCGUCCCUCUCAAGGGCCGCCACGUCUUCAUCACGGGCGGGUCCAGCGGCAUCGGGCUCGCCAUGGCCACCGCCGCGGCGCGGGAGGGCGCGCGGGUCUCCAUCCUGGCCCGCAACCUCGCCCGCCUCGAGGAGGCGCGCGCCGCCAUCCAGCGCGACUCCGGUCGCGGCGACGUCGGCGUCCACGCCGCCGACGUGCGGGACGCGGCCGCCGUGGAGCGCGCGCUCCGGGAGGCCGGGCCCGUCGACGUGCUGGUCUGCAACCACGGCGUGUUCGUGCCGCAGGAGCUCGAGAGGCAGGACAUGGAGGAGAUCAAGUGGAUGGUGGACAUCAACCUCAUGGGCACCUUCCACCUCAUCAAGGCCGCGCUCCCCGCCAUGAAGGCGCGCACCCGCGAGACGCGCCUCCCUGGGUCAAUCGCGAUCAUGUCCUCGCAGGCUGGCCAGGUUGGUAUCUAUGGGUACACUGCGUAUUCAGCGAGCAAAUUUGCACUUCGUGGAUUGGGAGAGGCGCUGCAGCAUGAAGUCAUCACCGACAACAUUCAUGUCUCGUUGAUUUUCCCUCCUGACACUGAGACUCCGGGUUUGGAAGAGGAGCAUAAGAGGAGGCCAGAAUUGACGAACAUCAUAGCGGGUUCAUCUGGUGGAAUGAAGGCCAAUGAUGUUGCGAAGAAGGCUCUGGAUGGCAUCAAAUCUGCGAAGUUUAUUGUCCCCUGCAACUUUGAGGGUGCAAUGUUGGCCGUAGCAACUGCUGGUUUAUCCCCGCAGAGUUCACCGGUAAUGGCAUUCCUAGAGGUGAUUGGUGCUGGACUCAUGCGGUUUGCAGCGCUUUGUUUCCAGUGGAAUUGGUUCUCUACGAUAGAGGGCUACUAUGCCAAGAACAAGAAGCGCGAGUAAGAACAAACAUACAAAAUGACAAACAUGGACAUAAUUUUCUUGAGUCCAUGGGAGCUAAAAGGUCAAAUAAAUCAUCUUGUUGGCAACACCUGAUCUGAAUGUAGUGGGUAUGCAGAGAAGCUGUAGUUCUGCUUCUCAUUUUUAUCUUUGCUUCGUCGACUUUGAGAUCUUGUGUACGAUGUAUAUUUCACAUUUCAGGAAAAAACACAAUAAAGGCACAAAUUUCAUGGAUUAGUGAUUUGACCCA